AUGAAUGGUCAUUCAGGGACCAUGUCGCCGGUCUCCGUGGACGGCAGUGACUGGUCGGGAAUCAAUCAGUACCAGAAGUCCGAUCCGCCCUUCUCCCCGACCUUCUCGAACCGCGGCAAUCUCGCCACGCCUCCCACCUCCGGCGUCCCCAGCGGCACCAACGGCGUGCGAAAUGGAAGCGCCUCCAGCCAGGUGAGCGACUCGGGGAACCCGUCGCCUCCCAGCUCCGUGGCCGCCCGAUCCAGCGAUGGCACGCUGGCCGACAAGAAGAGCGCCCGCCACAAGAAGAUGGAGGAACUCCUGGGCCAGCACUAUGUGUCCCUGAGACGCUUCCUGCACAUGGGCUACCGGGACGAUCCCCGGAAUGGUAAGCAGAGCAAGGCCCGGGACAAGCUGCUGCGACUGUCGGCCACUCAGUUCCACGAGCUGAGUACCGACGUCUACGACGAACUGCUGCGCCGGCAGCAGGCCGCGCCGUCGCCCUCGCGGCCGCCUCGCCCCGACGUUCCGCCCUUCCUGCCUCCCCGCGAGGACUUCCAUGAAAAGCGCAACCAGGCGCGCCAGAAGCUGGCGUCGCUGCAGCAUCAGCGAUUUCGAGAUCUCGCCACCGAUGUCUAUUGCGAGCUGGAGCGCCGGUUCCCCCAGUUUCCCGCCCGCGAAUCCCGCCGGGCGAGUCCCGCCCCCAGUUUCCGGGGCCGCCCUUCCAAUGGCUACUCGCCCGGUCCAUAUGGUCCCGGUCCGGGGUACCCCCCGCCGCCGGGGAGUCGACGCUCGCAAUCACGCGGUCCGCCGCGUGGGAGAGGAGGAUAUCCGUCCGGGGGGCCUCCGGGCAGUCCUUUUCCGCCUCGGCACGGGUCUCUGGGCGGAGCGCCCUCCGUUAACGGAGACGGCCCGACAGCGAAAUCCUUCCAGAGCAAUACAAUUGUUCCCAACAAGAGUACUAUGGUCGAGGACGACGAUGACAUGGCCGGCAUGGACGAUGACUACGAUGCGCGGAGCGAUGCCUUUGCUCUGGAUGUGGUUCUGCAGAGUCGGCGCGGGACGACCACGACUCUAGGAGACGGGGAUCGCAGGUUGCUGGCGGACACGCAGUCUCAAGUUUCGACGCUGCAGGACAAAGUGAAUAAACUCGAGGAGAUGCUCAAGUCGAAGGACGAGGAGAUCGCCAAACACCAGGAGGAUCAGGGCAAGGUGGACAAGCUGGAAGAUCUCAUCAAAUCGAAAGACGAAGAGAUUGAUCGAUAUCGGGAGGAACAGGAUAAGUCUCAGAUCAGUACGUUUGAACGGCAGGAAUGGGAGGACAUAAAAAUGGAGCUGGAGAGCAAAAUUUCCAAGGCGGAAGAUUUGAAUAGCUCAUUGCAGAUGGAGCUUGAUAAGGUUCGAAUGGAGCAUGAUGCGAUGGAACGCGACCUUCGGACUCAGAUGGACGAAUCCUCCCGACAAGGUGGUGGGGAUCCUGAGCUGCAGGCUCGGUUUGCCGAUCUCGAGAUCAAGCAUCGGGGUUUGCAGGACGAGCUGCAGGAGCAGCAGCAGGUGACGGAGGAAGUCAGGCGGGAGGCCGCCGGUUUCCUGAUGGAAAUGAGGGCACUGUCGGAGCAAAGUCACUCGAGAUGGGAGCAUGAAGAGCGGCUGUCUGGCGAUGUUCACCGGCUGGAAGAGGAAAUCAAACAGUGGAAGAGCCGGUAUGCCAAGGCAAAGUCUCAACUACGACACCUCCGAGCCUCAACUUCCGGCAUCCCCGAGGCGCUCCCCGAUGCCAGCACCGUUGCCAGAGAUAACGAGCUACUGCACGAGAAUGGUUUGAUCAAGGAUGUCCAUGUGACCAAAUUCCAGAUCUCCAUCGACGAGCUUCUGCGCGUGGCGCGGUUUGAUGACCACCAGCUUGUCAUGCAACAGAUCAAGCCAGUGGUGAUUGCGGUCCGCCAUGUGCUGCAGGAUGUUGAAGUGUCUCCGGAUCUGGGCGAUGGAUCGUCUCAGUUGCGCACGAAGGCUACGCGCAAAGUGUCGGCGACGGCGAACAAUUUGAUCACCGCGUCUAAGAAUUUCGCCAGCUCCAGCGGUCUUUCCCCGGUGUCUCUCCUAGAUGCCGCUGCCUCGCAUCUCUCGACCGCCAUCAUCGAGCUCCUUCGGCUGGUCAAGAUCCAGGCUAGCCCGGCGGAUGACUUGGAUGAGGUCGAUGAGGAGCAGCUCACUCAACUGCAAUCGCCGGACUACUUCAGCGUGGCUCCCAGCCAGCGAAGAAUGAGCAACAACGGAUCGAUCUACAGCGCGAUGAGCCCUCCGUCUAAUCACUCGCGGAAUCCGACAUCGGAGAGCAUCCCCAAUGGCUUGAACAACAACAUGAACGUCAACUACGGAUUGCAGCCUGAAGAUCAUGAACUUCAGGAACUUAAGCUUUACGUAGAAGAUCAAACCGACGGCCUUGUUCAAUCCAUCCAAGCCCUUGUUGCCAGCAUUCGUGGAGAAGAUGGUCUAACUACCAUCCGCACCCAUGUAUCGGCGAUCUCGUCGGUCGUGACGAAUGUUGUCUCGUCCACGGAGCAUUACAUCCACAAACCGGGGACUAGUCCGGUGCUUAUGGACCGAGCCGGGUCCGCCAUCGAAACACUGGAUUAUCACCGAAGCCGACUGCUGAAGGCCGCGGCCGAGGGCGAAGGCCUCUCAUACGACGAGGUCUUCAAUACCGUCACGAACAAACUUCCGCCCAUUGCUUUUGAGGUCGCCCGAGUGACCAAAGAGCUUGUGCAGCGGCUAGAUCCGGGGCACGAGGACGACACCGAGGAUGAUUUCCGAUAA